UUAUAUAGAGACUAGUUCGACUAGGGCUCCUUCUUCGACAUGAACUACAACUGACACAUACCCCAAAAACUUUCUCCGCAUAGAAUCUAUGGGCAGGUUUGGUAGCCAGUGGUAACACAGGAUCUACACUUCGCUGGACACUUCGUUCGCAAUCCACAGAGAUGGAGGGAAAAGAACCUAAACUUCACCGGCAAUGGAUUGCGGCAGUUAUCGCCACGCUGGGGCUGUUCAUGAUGGGAAUGUUCCUCGGGUGGCCGUCGCCCACGUUGAGGAUCCUGAGGUCACCGCAGUCGGAGGUCCAUCUCAACGAGGACCAAAUCUCCUGGAUGGUGUCGGUGCUCUACAUAGGCAGCACGCUGAGCCCCGUGCCUACGGGGUGGCUCAUGAACUGUGUGGGGCGGCGCACCACCCUCAUGCUGUUGGCCACAGUCGCCCUCGCCUCCUGGGUCAUCCUGGCUGUGGUGCAGACUCCGACAGGCAUAUACAUCGCCAGGUUUCUAGGUGGCAUGUGGGGUGGCAGCGCGUACACAAUAGCGCCCAUCUACCUAUGCGAGAUCGCCGAGGCCAAAGUCCGCGGAGGUCUCAACUCGCUCUUCAUCCUGAUGGCGUACGUCGGUAUCAUGUUCGAAUUCUGCAUCGGGCCCAAUGUAUCUUACACCACGCUUAGUGUUGUCUCAGCCUUUGUACCUGCCACCUUCGUGGUCGCCCUCUUCUGCAUCCCCGAGUCUCCGUACUUCUACCUCAUGAGUGGCAACAGGAAGAAAGCUGCGAAGUCGCUCUCGUGGCUCCGCUGCAUGAGACCCGAUCAGGUGGAAAGCCAACUGGUUACGAUGGAAAAGGCAGUGUUGGCGGAUAUGCAGAACGAAGGUCACCUGGCCGACCUGGUGUCCACGGCUGGCAACCGCAAGGCUCUGCUCAUAACUCUGGUGUUGGCUAUCGUACAGCGGAUGGCCGGCAUUUCCGUCAUAAUGGCGUACGCCUCCGCCGCCAUCCCGCAUAUCGGUAGCCUCUCUUCAAAUGGCUGCGCCAUCAUCAUGUGCAUCGUCUGGAUCAUCUUCGGCCUUUUCUCCACAAUGCUCGUUGAUUGGGCUGGGCGCCGAUCCCUCCUGGCCGUGUCUUGCGCUGGUUGCGGCCUCGCCAACGCCAUGGUAGCCUUGUGGUUCUACCUGGACUCCAACACGGAGUACGACGCCAUGCAGAUCGCCUGGUUCCCCUUCCUCGGGUUCCUGGUGUACGGCGUCUUCUUCCCGGUGGGACUGGGCUGUGUCCCCAACAUGAUCCAGGGCGAGAUGUUCCCGUCCAACACACGCGGGCUCGCCUCCGGGGUCACCUCUACCGUCAUCUCUCUCACGUCCUUCUUCACCAACAAAAUGUACGCCCGUAUCGGUAUAUGGGCCGGUCUCUACCUCAACUACGCCGUGUUCUCCGUCAGCUGUGUCUUCGGCGUAUGGUUCGCGCUACGCGUCGUCAUAGAGACCAAGGGCAAGACUCUGGAGGACAUCCAGUACGAGCUUGUCGAACACACCACCUGCCGUCACAUCGUCCACGCCGAGGACACUAACGAGACCUUGAAAUAAUACAAAAAAUAUACUGAGGACACGAUAGUGAUCAUCCUGUGAAGAUCUCAUCGAAUCUUCGGAUAGCGAAAACCUUUUAUAUUUCUAAGUGAGGACCGAACGACCUUAACAGGAAGUGUUUGUAGAACAUUAUCGUAAAGAAGAUUAGAAAAAACGAACGAACUAUUUAUCAGAGGUCAAACCUGUCUUGAACCACAAGAUAACACUGAUCAAGAUAAGCUAAAGAGAUAAGGAUAUAUAGUUGCAUACUACGGUACCGGUACUAACGGGCGUUGAGCGCUCAGGUGGCGGUAGGUGCAGUAGAACUAUUUAUCAGAGGUCAAACCUGUCUUGAACCACAAGAUAACACUGAUCAAGAUAAGCUAAAGAGACAAGGAUAUAUAGUUGCAUACUACGGUACCGGUACUAACGGGCGUUGAGCGCUCAGGUGGCGGUAGGUACAGUAGAACUAUUUAUCAGAGGUCAAACCUGUCUUGAACCACAAGAUAACACUGAUCAAGAUAAGCUAAAGAGACAAGGAUAUAUAGUUGCAUACUACGGUACCGGUACUAACGGGCGUUGAGCGCUCAGGUGGCGGUAGGUACAGUAGAACUAUUUAUCAGAGGUCAAACCUGUCUUGAACCACAAGAUAACACUUAUCAAGAUAAGCUAAAGAGAUAAGGAUAUAUAGUUGCAUACUACGGUACCGGUACUAACGGGCGUUGAGCGCUCAGGUGGCGGUAGGUACAGUAGAACUAUUUAUCAGAGGUCAAACCUGUCUUGAACCACAAGAUAACACUUAUCAAGAUAAGCUAAAGAGACAAGGAUAUAUAGUUGCAUACUACGGUACCGGUACUAACGGGCGCUGAGCGCCCAGGUUGCGGUAGGUACAGUAGAACUAUUUAUCAGAGGUCAAACCUGUCUUGAACCAAAAGAUAACACUUAUCAAGAUAAGCUAAAGAGACAAGGAUAUAUAGUUGCAUACUACGGUACCGGUACUAACGGGCGUUGAGCGCUUAGGUUGCGGUAGGUGCAGUAGAACUAUUUAUCAGAGGUCAAACCUGUCUUGAACCACAAGAUAACACUGAUCAAUAUAAUGAUGUAUAGAGUGUCCCGCAACCCUCUGGACAAAGGUAUACCACGUUAAUUUUAUAAAAACAUAUACACACAGACAGAUGGGAAACAAAGCAUUAGAGACCUAUGUUAAUAUGGUGAAAUAUGUUUGUCUUGACCUCAGCAAUAACGUGGUAUACCAGAGAGUUACGGGACACCCUGUAUAGUUGUAUACUACGGUACCGGUCGGUACUAACGGGCGCUGAGCGCAGUGGCGGUAGGCGCAGUAACUCGUACUUUUCUAGGACUAUAAUAAAGGUAAAAUAAUUUUUUGAAAUGUGAAAGACAAACCAAUGACGCAACCGUAGGGAGCUCUGCAGGUGAUAAAUAUCUUCCCAAACGAUUUAUAAAAUUAAACCCAUAGUAUUCAGCAUUUUAAUUAAUAUAGUUUUAAUGUAAAUGUGUUCAUACAGCGUUCAAUGUCAGUAUAUUAUUAUUUUUACUGUUUGUUAUUGUUACAGUAAUCAAUAUUAAAUCAUUGUCACCUAAA